AUGUCUCUGCAGGCAGCCUCUCUCUUUCGCGUGGACGGCCUCGUAGCUGUCAUCACGGGCGGUGGAUCGGGUCUGGGCCUGACGAUGGCGCGGGCUCUGGCCCUAAACGGAGCCCAGCGGGUGUUUGUGCUGGGCCGCCGGCGGGCAGUUCUGGACGCUGCAGUGGCCGAGGUGAAUGCAGAAGCAGAAGAAGCAUGUCGGGCGAGUGGGAGCGUGUCGGACGGGCCGCUGGUGGCCAUCGUCUGCGAUGUGACGGACAAGACAUCGCUGCAGGCAGCCGUGAACGUCGUGACGGCCGAUCCGGUGGCUGGUGGCCGCCCGGUCGACAAUGCGGCACUGCGUCGCCGGCUCUUUGACGAUGUCGCCAUGGCCGAUGUCACGGCCAUCUUCCACGUCAACGUGACGGCGGCCCUCUUCACCAUGUACGCCUUCCUCGAGCUGCUCGAUGCCGGCAAUCGCAGCGCUGUGGCCUGUGGGACAUAUGGCGCACCCGCUGGCCCGCCGUCCAUGACCAACCCGCGCGCCCAUCCACGCAUCCAGAGCCAGGUCGUGUUCACGUCCAGCAUCGCCGGCUACACGCGCAGCAGCCUGUCGGCACCGGCGUAUGUCGGCAGCAAGGCGGCCGUGCUGCAGCUGGCCAAGCAGGCAGCCGGCGUGCUGGCACCGUAUGCGAUUCGGGUAAACGCGCUGGCACCAGGAAUCUUCCCCUCGGAACUGACUUCCGAGAUGAUCGUCAACCGCCAGCCCGAAGACGAACCGCUCGACCAUCCCGGCUUCCAGCCAGCCCGCAGGUUUGGCUGCGACAGCGACAUGGCCGGCACCAUCCUCUACCUGGCCAGCCCUGCCGGCUCGUUUUGCAAUGGACUGGUACUGCUCGUCGACGGCGGCCGCACCGGCGUCCUUCCGGCUAGUUACUAA